AUGCUGAGCCGCAUCGAGGAUGCGCGCGUGUUCGGUAGCUCUGACGACGUUAUUUUGCGAUCUUCCAGUAAUCAAAAUGUACAUCAUAAGUUUUCUAAUGGAAUGACGCAUCAGUAUCGCCACCAACAAUGUACUGAUGAUCGUACGGAGGAUGAGCAACUGCAUCCACAGCAUCCCUAUCGAAUGCGGAAACGUGUACUAAAACGCAAUAGCGAGAGUUUUUAUGGAGAAGAGAAGAAUAAACUAUUGCCGACUUGGAAUCAGAGGAUCGAUCGACCUAUGGAGCUUGUUUUUCUCUCUUCAGGAGAGAUAUUAGCAAGGGAAGAUUGUCCGCCAGAUUUGGAACUGCCCAAAAUUCAACACGAUUCAUUUAAACCGAUGAACAAGGAACUGGAUUAUUAUUCUGGUAACUUUACAAAUGGUGAGGAGAGCGAGUAUCCGAGGCAGGUCAGCAAAAUUAAGAAGCAGAUGAAAGUAUCGAAACAACAAAUUCGGCGACUGGUUAUGAGACAACAAUCUACUGAGCAGCAUGCUCCCCUAUCGUCGGUUGCUUAUCAAUUGGAGUCUUUGGUGUCCAAAAAUGAAGAUGUUACGCCAAAUAAUGGUUAUGCAGAGGCUUCCACUAAUGCGAUUGAGAAGCUGGAAAUUGGAGCAACCUAUCAGUUACAUCAAAAUCAAAAAACAACAAAUGACAAAUCAAACCGCGACUUUGAGCAUUUAGCUGCUCAAACUGUAGGAAAAAAAACGUCACAUUCAUCACCAACUCAGGAUCAUUCACAUUCAAGGAAUGACGAUGCACGGUCAGAUUAUUCUAGUGAUAAAGCAUGCUCAGCGUCUGACCUCUCGGACAGUAAUCACGGAGACCAGUCGGCACCUAGUGAUACCACUUCACAUGAUUCAAGACGACAAUCACCACCUUUACAGCAUCAAUCUCAAGAUACAAAAAACGUUUCACAACGCAAAACCAAGCAAUCUCCAAAGAUGAAAGUCAGUCAUUUGGAACUAGAUGCAUCCACUCCAAAAGCUAAGGACCGAGCUUUAUCAAGCGACGAAUAUGAGGCGAAUGAACCGGCAUCGGAAUUGCAAAUAGAAGAGGCGAAUAUUUAUGGAGAAAGGAAGCAGCCACUGAAGGAGCAAGACAAGAAUAAGCAUUUAUGGGACCAAAUUAAAGAAUUAGAAGCACAACUUGCUGCGAAAGACAGCGAAAUGAAUCACAAGAUACAGGAAAUGGCACGUGAGCAUGAGGUGCAAAUGCAGACACAGGAAAAGAGACAAUUUGAUCGAAUUAUUGCGCUAGAAGAACAAGUUCUGCUUCAAGAAACGCAAAUAGCUCGAUCAAAGCAGGUAAAAGACCAGCUCAAAGCUGCAUUGAAACAGCUCAAUAAGUUGGCAAGUAGUCCGAUUGCUGAACAGUGCUCAGACAGCAAAGAAGUGAACAAAUUAAAGACGGAACUGGAUGGCAUGGCGCAGCUUAUUCACGAGUUUUUAAUAAGCGUAGAGCGCUGGAAAGAAAGCAGUAUAAAAGAGAUGCAGUGCUGUGAAAAUGACGCUGAACUGCCAGCCUUAUUUGAGCAUAAGUGGCUGGAUUUUCCGCAAUUUCCAAAAAUGUCGACCAAAGAAUCGUCAUCUUUGAUUCAAGAUCAUUGCCAGGGGCCGACAAUAAAGGUCGACGAACAGACCGACCCUAUUGUAAUAUUAAAAAAGCGUUUGCAUCAACGUGAGGACGAGCUGCGGCAAACGCGCGUCAAGUACUUAGAGCUGAAGGAACUAUGUGCUCGGCAAUGUGUCCGCGAGGCAGACCUCCAGAACUUCAUUAACGAACAUCGGUUGCGUGGAAAUCUUGUCAUUCGCAAAAACAUCGAUAGUAAGCCAGCCACAACUGAAAAUCACCAAGAGGUAGCACAAGAUGACCACGACGAGCAGCAAAACCGUGCAAAACUUAAGAUGAUUUCAAGUCGUGGAACAAACACACCGGCGUGCUUCGAUGACGAUGAGCAUUUCAUUGACGAUGAGUAUUCGGAGACCGAGAAAGAGCUCGACGACUUUGAUGAAGCAAAGGAUGAUUAUGUAGUGCAAGCGCCUAAAGUGAUUGUUCAGGUCAAUCGCGAUGGCAUGUCUGAGCGCACGUCCUCUACACCAUCAGCAGUGGCACAGAAACUCGCGACUGUGAGGCGUCAAAAACAAAGCACGCAAUCGAAGCAGCCGCGUGUUGAACGGAUUCGCUUGAUUCCGUCUCCAAAUUUAACGCAGCGACACAAACGGAUUCCGACUCCAACCACUGCAAAAGCGCAAAAGAAAAAAUCUUCUCAACAGCAUGUUUUGCCUCACUUGUCGUCUGUAUCUCGUAACCACCCGGAUAUGCUUGGUGAGUGUCCGCCUGGAUGUGGAAGUCGUCCCUCAUUUAUGCGGCGAAAACCAUCGACUGCAACGCGAGCAAAAGCAAUUAAGAGGCCGAUUUCGGCGACGUCGUCAAGAGGAGCUGUUGGUGUAAUUCGUCCGUGGAUGUAA